CACUCUACGUCUCAUUCCGCCACGGUCAAGCCAACUGGGAAGGGGUUUCUGUUCAACAGUAAUCAUUUCAUUUGGAAACUAUAUUUAUACGAAAGACUUCGUUUUAUUUAUUUAAAGUAAACGUAAUCGUCUAGUUAACUUUCUAGGUAACCGUUGGCCGAAGGUCGUAAUUUGUAAGUUACAGGGAAAAAAGAAGCUAAUUUAACGUUAACAGCAUAGCCGGUGUCGUGCUAACAAAGAAAAUCCUUUCUCUUCAGAAAUAAUCUCCUAAUACUCCUCUUUAGUUAUGAGUCAUGUGGUCGUUGAUAAUCCACACGGUCUAGAGCAGCAGCUUGCUGUCCUAGACUUGAACUCUGCUGACGGGCAAGGCGGAGGAACUGGCAGGCGUUACAUUCCACCUCACUUGAGAAACAAAGAUGCUCCUCCUAAAAAUGCAGGAAAUGCUUAUUCCGCUGGUAGACAGUGCGGUUAUUCAGUGGCACCAGUAACCCUCUCCCAUAUCACCUGCAAUGUCCCCCAAGCUGCUUCUAAGCAAUUCCUACAGCCAUGGCAGGCCGAGUGUCAGCAAAGGCACAGAGAUAACUAUACAUCAGGAUGGGAUGACAGUAAUAUUGGUUACCCAAGACUGGCCUCUCAAGAGCUUGCCUUUUACCAUGCCUUCAGUGGGGGUUGGCGAAACAGAUGUGACUCACCUGGAUGGGACGGCGGACGCAGCAAUGGAUUCGUGAAUGGUUACCAUGACAACCGCACAAAUGGUGGCUUUGGAGGGCGAGGACCCCCUCGCAAUGAUAGAGGUGGGCGUGGCGCCUACCGUGGUAACAGGGGUGGAGGCUCGUUUAAUCAACCAUUACAAAAUGCAGGCAUGGGCAGUUUUGACAACAAAGAUGGCAACUGGGGAGGAACUCAAAGGGAUGCUGCCUAUAACAGCUUUGGGGGCCGUUCUGAUAGGUCCAAGACUGGCUUCUUCAAUGACCGUGGGGCAGGUUCAAGAGGAAGAUAUGAACGUGGAGGCUUUGCUGGUGGAGGAAACAGCCGCUGGCAGGAGGACUCCAGAGAAGAAGACUGGUCCAAGCCCACUGCUCCCAAUGAGCGCCUGGAACAUGAGUUGUUCUCCGGAGGCAACACUGGGAUAAACUUUGAGAAAUAUGACGAUAUUCCCGUGGAGGCCACUGGCAGCAACUGCCCACCUCACAUCGAAAGCUUCCAUGAUGUGGACAUGGGGGAGAUCAUCAUGGGGAACAUUACCUUGAGUCGCUACACUCGUCCCACUCCAGUCCAGAAGUAUGCUAUCCCCAUCAUCAAGUCCAAGAGAGACCUGAUGGCUUGUGCCCAGACUGGCUCUGGUAAGACUGCUGCUUUCUUGCUGCCAGUGCUGAGUCAGAUCUUUACAGAAGGUCCAGGAGAUGCUCUGCAGGCCUCCAAAAACAACGGACAGGACAAUGGAAGGUAUGGUCGCCGUAAGCAGUAUCCAAUGUCCCUGGUGCUGGCACCCACCAGAGAACUGGCUUUACAGAUCUAUGAAGAAGCAAGGAAGGUUGCCUAUCGCUCCCGUGUGCGUCCCUGCGUGGUGUACGGCGGUGCUGAUAUUGGUCAGCAGAUCAGGGAGUUGGAGAGAGGCUGUCACCUGCUGGUGGCCACACCAGGACGUCUGGUUGAUAUGAUGGAAAGGGGCAAGAUUGGCCUGGACUACUGCAACUACUUGAUCCUGGAUGAGGCUGACCGCAUGUUGGACAUGGGUUUUGAGCCACAGAUCAGACGCAUUGUGGAGCAAGAUACAAUGCCGCCUAAAGGUGUCCGUCAGACCAUGAUGUUCAGUGCCACUUUCCCCAAGGAAAUUCAGAUCCUGGCUCGUGACUUCCUGGAGGACUACAUUUUCUUGGCAGUGGGACGUGUUGGUUCCACUUCAGAGAACAUCACCCAGAAGGUGGUCUGGGUAGAGGACAACGACAAGAGGUCCUUCCUCCUCGACCUGCUUAACGCCACAGGCAAAGAAUCGUUGACUCUGGUGUUUGUGGAAACAAAGAAGGGAGCCGACGCUCUAGAGGACUUCCUUUACCACGAGGGUUAUGCCUGCACCAGCAUCCACGGAGAUCGAUCCCAGAGAGACAGAGAAGAAGCUCUGAACCACUUCCGGUCUGGACGCUGCCCCAUCUUAGUGGCUACAGCUGUGGCUGCUAGAGGUCUGGACAUCAGCAAUGUGAAGCACGUCAUUAACUUUGAUUUGCCCAGUGACAUUGAGGAAUACGUUCACCGUAUUGGCCGUACGGGACGUGUGGGCAACCUCGGUCUGGCCACGUCGUUCUUUAACGACAAAAACAGCAACAUAACCAAAGAUUUGCUGGACAUUUUGGUGGAGGCCAAGCAGGAGGUUCCCUCCUGGCUUGAAAGCCUGGCCUACGAGCACCAGCACAAGAGCAGCACCCGGGGGCGCUCUAAGAGGUUCUCUGGUGGUUUCGGAGCUAGAGACUACCGUCAGACGCCAGGUGGCGCCGGGAGCUUCAGUAACAGCCGUGGAGGGCGCAGCACAGGAGGCCAUGGAGGAAGUCGUGGCUUUGGUGGAGGUGGCUUUGGUGGCAACUUCUACAGCAAUGACGGCUAUGGAGGAAAUUACAGCCACUCUGGAAGUGUGGAUUGGUGGGGCAACUAGUCACCAUAGGAGUAGGUUGCAAUGCCAACCCAAUGGAAACCACAUGUUAACUUAAGCCAGACCAUAACAACCCUCCCGGUGUAGCUUCACUGACACACAGUACAUUACCCACCCUGGUUCUCUGCCAUUCGCUUCUCUUAAAAAAGGAAGUGCAGCACGACGCAAAGGAAAGUCACCAGCACGUGCAACGCACCGGGGACCGCAGAGAUUCGCACACCUCAGAGUGAGCAUGGACGCUGACAUGCAUUGUCCGAUAGCAACUUCGGACUUUCAUUCUUAAAAUUUUUUUUGUUCUUUUUGUGGAAAAAAACCCAAUUGAAUAACCUGAGGAUCAUUUAUAUGUUAAUGUACUGUGCCUUUUGGAAUUUAAACAGGAAAUCUUAUGUUAUCUUCAUUUAACUUGAUGAACAUGGCCAAGAGCUCUAAAUUUGAUUUUACUUGUUUUUUGUUUGGUGAAAUAUAUAUAUAUAUUAGAAAGGUAAAAUAAGCUUGGACUUAAUCAAACCUUGGCAAAUACUGGGGUAUUGUGGCUCUGAGUCAUGAUUCCAUUUGAACUAAAAAUUUAUUGCAGCAACAUCAUGUAGCCUUUUCUAUAUAGUCAAACAGCUAAUGGAGCCGUUGGUGUUUGUGUCAAUACAAACUGGCCCACUCUGUGAAGCAACCGUAUUUUAAUCCUUAAGGACAAAGUUACACUUGAUUUUUCUUUUUCUUUCUUUGCUCACUCUAUCCUGGACAGGCUCCUUUUUAUGGAUACGAUGGUCUUUUGAAAUAGCCAUUCCUAUUGUAAUCUUAAGAAACACGGACGUCAUUAAGCUCAGUGCCAACAGUUGCUGAGGUUUAAACAAGAAUAAUCACUGCUGGAACUUGUUACUCCACAUUAUUCAAUUGACUUGACAGUGUUAUGGCAGCUAGUAUGUUACAAAGUGCUAGCUACAUUAAGUGGGCGGUGUUUUUUGUUUAUUUUUACUUGAGACAUUUUUGGUGCAGGUGUGUGCGAAAUUGAAAAACUGGGAUCAGUUUUUUCGAUUUUUGAAUUGUUUCUUCUACAAACAUGUAUCAACAACAAAAAAUGCCUGCCAUCUUGAAAGUGAAGUUCAAAAUGGCCGCAUAAAGGACCACAGCAUCGGGAGGGCAUAGCGUGGUGUUAGUGUUUACCGAAUCGACCGGCAACCAUGAGGCCCAGAUGGUAUUCUACGCUUGCAAGUGUUUUGUUUUUUGGUCAAGGAGGGAGGGACACGUGAACUUGAGUCGCAGGCUUAACUUAAUUACAAACGUUUUCUCUUUUCAAGCUGCGUUGGAGGCAUGGGUCAUCUUUAAGAGACAGGCAUGUGAAUGAUCACUGAGGUUUAUCAAUCGAACAGCGAGGAAACUCAGCAUAGUAGAGCAGCGCUCCGACCACUGGGGUUGGGGGGAGGGGGACGAGGGGCACGGUUCUUCGGUGCACCACCGUCAACAGUGGCUUUGGUUUCCAUUGCUGCGUAGUAAAUGGAGGUGGCCAAAGAUGAGUGUCAACUUCCUUAUGGAACAUUAAAGUACUGUCAGGUCCUCUGAGAGUUAAUCUGCUCAGACGUGUAUAAAAAAAUAAAUAUCUGUGGCUUCGUAAAGCCAGAGCAGGCUUUUCCUCUCAAAGAGGAGCAGCCAUCGAGAGGAGGAGAGAUGGGACGUUUCACCUCAAAAUUCUCCGUUUUCUCAUCGGGUGUGUUGUGCCUUGAAACCUUUUUUUUAUUUUAAGAAAUUGAACUAAAGCGGAUGCACUGACAGUGUUUUGAACUUGAUUGAAUGGUGCUACUUGAUUUAGGUGUGUAGGCCCUUGUACGUCGUGCCCAUCGAGUUUUACAAAAAGGUUCUUUUAUUGCACAUCUAGAGUUUUAUAUAGAUGUCUUGGAUAUGUGUGUCCUUAAGCUUCCAAAUAUUGUGUGUGAGGAGAUAGUGGAAAAUAAAAACGCAGCUUGUUUACAAAGGGGAAGGGUUCUCAACGUUUAAACCAGGAUUUAUUUGGGACCAGGGGAUUUAGCAGUCGGGGGAAUUUAGCCAUUUGCACAGAUUUCUAGAUUCUACUUUUGCUGCUAGUUUUGUGUAAUUUAUUAAGCAUUUUUGACAAAUAUUUAUUUUUGUAAGCCUCAAAGUGAUUCUUUGAAAGUUUCAGAAACUUGACCAAAAGACAGUACAAAAAACACUGGCACUUGAAUGUUGAAUGUCACCUGUAUGCGUGAAAUUUAUAUAUUUCGGGGUAGUGUGAGCUUUUUAAUGUUUAAGAUACAUUGGACUCAGUAAAUAAUAUCCACAGCUGUUUCAGGGCCUCCUCAGGGCUGGUCAUCUCUAUUAGAUUAAACUGAUUGGUCACCAAAAUUUGAAAUGGAAUGAACAAACAUGCCAAGGUUUGGAAUAUAGCUGUCAAAUGAGCAAAUAAAUUUCCUAAGCAUAUCAGUGCAGAAGUGUUCAGAUUCUCCAAUUGUGUGCAUUAUUGAUUCUUUACUCUAAUUUGACCUGAUUAUUUUUCUCCAGUGAAUGUCUGGCACAUGGCAAUCCUUAAAGAAACAAACAUGUGGUUUAUUCUCAUUGUUGUAUUUGCAGAAAUUACUCUUCGAGUUCUCCUUGAAUGUGGACCGGGUCUGAAGGCAGCUGUUGGUGCAGUUUUGGGAUGAACAGGAUUGUUUCUGUGCAUAUUUUUGCAAUGCAGAACUCGAGACUUGUUCCACAUUCUCUUGAGAACCCUAGAGAUCUUUAGACGUAGACUUUGCUUUCUGUAUUAGCUUCUAGGCUACUGCACUGCAUGGGAAACACUCAGCUGUGCAAUUGUAUGAUUUUACCAAAAUAAAAUGUUUGAAUGCAAAAAGUA